UCGCUUUUCGCCCGAUUUCAAAUCCUUCGCGCACGAAAGCGGCCGAAAAGUCUCGCCCCGUUCGUUCCAAACCGCGUCGUCGAGCGCGAGAAAGGAAGGCAGGAGGCGAGGAGAAUCAAGAAGGGGGAAACGGUGGAGAUCGCCGCGAGAUCCAUGGACAAGGUUGAGGCGGCGGCGACGGCGGAGGAGGAUGAGGAGGACGGUGAUGUCGCCGGGGAAGAGGCGGGUCCGUGGCCGGUGGAGGCCCUCCCGGAGCCCCCCGACGACGCCGGCCCCGUCGGGUGGCCCAUGCCGGAGUUCUGCCCUCUCACGAUCGACGGGGCCGUGAAGGAGUCGUUCUUGGAGGCCCUGCGGAAGGACGCGGAGGAGCAGGCGCUGCGGGACGCGGAGGCGCGGAGCCCGGAGUCGCGGCCGUCGAGCAGCAAGCGCCAGCGCGCCGGCACCGCCUCGCCGCCGCAGCCCUCGUCGUCCAGGAGCCCCUACCGCAACAUCCUGCAGGUGUUCCAGCAGUGCAAGCAGGACGUCGCUUGAGUGGAGGAAGACGACGACCUCCACUGGACCACUGCCAGGCGAGGAGAGAACAGUACAGGCCGCGACACCUCGGCUUAAUCUUUUUUCUCUCACUUCAUUACGAGAAAAUAAUGCUUGAUUACUUGCUUGCCGUGUAUGGAUCAAUCGAUUCAGUUCAGUUCAGUGAUAGUUUACCCUUAGCUCACAUGUAACAGAGUGGAUAGGAAGCCUAAUGCUUGUGUAAAGAUCAUAAGAUACAGCUAAAUUACGCCAUGGAAAAUUCAGAUUCGUUUGUAAUGAUAUCAAGAAAAAAUCAGAUACAUUUGUAUUGAUAUCUCUCCUAGUUAUUAGAUCUUACGCUCUCCGU